AUGGAGGGUCCGGUUUGGGCAGCCAACGACCAAGCCUCAGAGAUCUGCCUGCCGUGUCCCCGGGGAUUCAUUCCACCUCCAUCAUUAUCCCUGGACACUGCUACUAUGUCCCAGCACUGGCCAAUGGACCCCAAUCUAUACGCCGCUCCUUCAUGGGACAGGAACUACCCCGGAGUCCAUAUCAUACCGUCUACGGCUCCUCAACAGCAAAUUAUAUUCCAGCAGCUUUCCACAGACUUCAUCCCUCCCGUCUCCUAUCCAAUCCGACAAGGCAACGCCAAAGAAGAUUUGAUUGAUCUGAUGAUGAUACAGAACGCUCAGAUGCAUCAAGUUAUCAUGAGCAAUAUGACAAUGUCGGCUCUGUCCAGCUUUGGCUAUGGGGCAGCACAGCCUCCCCCAGUGCCAAGCGUGGUGCCAGUACAAGUGGAGGAGGAGGAGCCCAUCGUGUAUCAUCACCAUUAUGAAGCCUUCCCAGCAAAUUAUAUGACAUACCCAGCUUACCCUACAGUGCCAGCGCCAGCGCCCCAACAUGAGCCAACCAUCAGACAUCUCAAUAUGGAGACGCAGCAGGCUUCCACGAUACGUAACGUAGACCAGCGGCCUGUACCCCCACCUCCUCCUCUGAGUGCCACCGGAACAGUUGGUGCUGAUGUCCCUCCAGCUACAGAGUACUACGACCUGACUGAAGCCAGAAUAUGACCGAGUCUCAGCCGGCCUUCAACAUACACAACACAA